AAUCAUCUCACCACUUCUCGGGAUUAAAUGAUCAAGGCUAGCGUCGUUUGUGACGGGCCUCUCCAUCGCUUCGUCGUGCGGAAAGACCAAUUAAUACAGCUCGUAAGCUGUGUCCACGAGGCCGAUUCCCUGCCGUUAAGCCAGCUUAAGCAGCCACUACUACACCAUGUCAGCCAGCCACACCGGAACGCUCCCAUUCAGCUUGGCCGACAAGAGCCUCGCCCAGUUCGACUGCCAGGUGCACGGCAAAUCCGUCCUCGCCAAGUCGGGCAAGCGGUUUGACGUUGUCGACCCAGGCUCAGCCAGAGUAUGGGCCUCUUGUCCCGACAGCAGUGAUGCCGACGUCGACGCCGCCGUGCAAUCCUGCCACGAAGCCUUCAAGGAAUAUUCCAAAUGGACUCCGAGACAACGUGCCCAGUGCCUUCUGAAGUGGCACCAGCUGAUCGUCGAGAACCGAGAUGAUCUCGCCAAGGUUCUCGUUUUUGAGACCGGCAAGCCUCUGGUCGAAGCAUACGGAGAAAUCGACUAUGCCACAACCUUCACGUGGUGGUUUGUCGGGGAGGCUGAGAGAGUCCAGGGCACAACCAUCACGUCUGCCACGCCUGGCCGGCGAUCCUUCACCAUCAAGCAGCCCAUUGGCGUCGUUGCUGCUCUGGUCCCUUGGAACUUCCCAAUCGCCCUCGUGUUGAGAAAAGCCAGCGCGGCCCUGGCUGCUGGUUGCACCAUGGUUGUAAAGCCAUCUCCAGAAACUCCCGUCUCUACCUUGUCACUUGCUUGUCUGGCUAUACGUGCUGGGUUUCCCCCCGGUGCCCUCAAUAUCCUGACUACAAGUCUCGAGAACACGCCGUCAGUGGCAGAGGCUUUAUGUGUACACCCCCUAGUCAAGAAGGUGACCUUUACGGGAAGCACUCGUGUGGGAAAGCUCAUCACAGGGCUGUGUGCAAGGAACCUGAAGAAGGCUACCCUAGAACUAGGUGGAAAUUGCCCCUUUAUUGUAUUCGACGAUGCCAAUCUCGACCAGGCUAUGGGACAGCUCAUGAACCUCAAAUGGAGACACGCUGGCCAAGCUUGUGUUUCAUCGAACAGGCUGUAUGUCCAACGUGGGGUGUACGACAAAUUCAUCGCGGACCUGGUGACGAAAACUUCUGCCCUAAAGGUUGGCCAUGGUAUGGAAGAGGGAACUACCCUGGGUCCUGUCACAACGCCCCGAGGGCUGGACAAAGCAGAAGAGCUUGUUGGCGAUGCACUUUCCAAAGGCGCAAAGAUUGUUCUUGGAACAGGCCAAAGGCUACACACAUCCUCCGAUGCUGGAGGUGGGGCUGCGGGAUAUUUCAUGGCUCCAACUAUUCUCUCGAACGUUUCCGACGACAUGCUCAUGUCCCAAGAAGAAAUCUUCGCGCCUGUUUUGGGCGUAUCGGUCUUUGACACGGAAGAUGAAGUAGUUGAGAGAGCCAACAACACAGCUAUGGGACUGACAAGUUAUGCGUUUACGAAGAAUGUAGACCGCUUGUGGAGGCUAUUUGAGAAGCUAGAGGCUGGCAUGAUUGGACUGAACACAGGCAAUAAUUCAUCAGCUGAGGCUCCGUUUGGAGGUAUUAAGGAAAGUGGAUGUGGUAAAGAGAGCGGCAAAGAUGUCGCUAUUGAGGAGUUUAUGGUCACCAAAACUGGAACACUGACCGUGGAGGAUCAUGUAUAAGGCACAAGUAAUGGGAUUCCAUGUAGUCUCAAGAUUCUUUUAUACCUACAAAUCCCGACAUGAUGCACUACAGCUUUAC